GUUCCUCCCUGUGGUUCCACCUUUCUACACUGGAAUAGUGUAUUUUAAAUAGCAGCUCAGCAAUCUCCCAUUUCUUCAAAAUUUAUAUGCAUGUUUUACCCACCUUUGGAAAUCCCUUAUUGAAGCAAGCCUAUAGGAAAGAGGUCUAUAAUGGCAGAUACCUCUUCAUACUUGUAAAACCUAACUUCCAGUUCAAAUUAUAGUUUUUGGUAUUCUUGACAACCACUACAAAACACUUAACCAAAGAACAGACAGGACAAGAUAAUCUAUUACAUAAAAAUCAUUUUAAAAUUUAAAUCAUGCUUUUUACAAAAGUUAUAGCUUACAAUCUAUUAAAGUCCGUACCUCAAAUAUCUCUAAGUUCAAAUAUUAUUUUUAGGCAGUCAUCAAAUGCUGAUACGCUAAAACCAGUGAAACUUUCAUAUGCAACAUAUGAGAGCACAACUUCAGAUAGGUCUAAUCAAGCGGCCCCAUUAGUGAUAAUGCAUGGAUUAUUCGGUUCUAAAUCGAACUGGAAUAGUCUUUGUAAGGUGUAUCAACAAAAGUGUCAUCCCCAAAGGAAAAUCGUAGCUAUAGAUUCUCGGAAUCAUGGUGAUAGUCCUCAUUCCGAUGAACACACAUAUGCCCACUUGGCAGCCGAUAUCAAAGCACUUCUCGAGCAGUUGGGGAUAGAAAAAGCAGCAUUGUUGGGACAUUCCAUGGGAGGAAGAGCUGUGAUGCUGUUUGCACUGAAAUACCCUGAACUUGUUGAUAGGUUAAUCGUGGAAGACAUCUCACCAAUAACGACAAGCCCAAACUUGGAUAGUAUGCCUUCCCUUUUUCAAGCCAUGGAAGGUGUGACUUUACCAUCUAGUAUACCAAUGUCACAGGCACGGGCAAUGGUGGAUGAACAGUUAACAAAAUAUAUCUUUAAUAAACCACUGAGAGCAUUUUUGUUAACAAAUUUGGUUGCAACAGACAGUGGAAGCUAUACAUGGAGGAUAAACAUUCCAGUGUUGAUGAAAAAUUUCAACAACGUUGCCAGAUUUCCAAUAGUAAAUGAUGUUUGCUAUGACGGGCCUGUUCUUUUUGUAGCAGGGAAAGAAUCAGACUUUGUCGUUGAUCUCCUGCAAAGAGCACCCACUAUGCCUGUACUUAUCAAUCACUGUCAAUAAAUUCUUGUCAGUCCAUCAAAAAUGUUCUCUCAUCAACCCAUACAAACUUUAACCAAAAAUUUAAACAAAACAGUCAUCAACAUCAUAAGGAAUAAUUUAUUGCCAGCAAAAUAUAUAAUGCCAGUGGAAAAUAUAGAUUUGGCGUACGCUUCCUAUCAGUCCACGCAAUCAUUCAACGAAACACAUCCCGAACCUACGCCAGUUGUGAUCCUGCACGAUUUCAUGUCCUCGAAGAAUAACUGGAACAGUUUUUGCAAGAAGUGCCACGAGCUGAGCAAGUUUAAAGUGGUAGCGGUGGACGCUAGGAAUCACGGCGAUUCACCGCAUUCGAAAAACCAUACUUAUGAUAGUCUGGUGUUGGAUAUUAGGCAAUUUUUACAUAAAAUGGGAAUGCAGAAGUGUAACCUGUUGGGACACUCAAUGGGCGGAAGUACUGCCAUGUUGUUCGCUUUGAAAUAUGUAUGUUUAGUUUGUUGAAAAUAUUUAAAAAAUGAUCAUAUUAAACUUGAACUCCAUCGAAACAUUAUUGCAUAAGUUGUUGGAAAGCCAUAAUUUACUUUUCAAUGUAUUUGGUUUGGAGGUCGAUGUCUUUUAGCAAAGGUUAUCAUACUCGUUAUUCCAUAUGGGUAACAUUCUUUCUAUAGUAUAAUGCAAAUUUAUAAAAGUGCUCUGAGUGAUCGAAAUUUCGGUGCUGGGCUGCCGAAAUGUUGAACAACCAGUCGCACAGUUGUUAGAAGAUACACAUUUUUAUCAAGUGUUAUAAACAGGACAAAAUGAAGGCACAUCUUGCAGUAUAAUUGUAACUCGUCAAACACAGGUCAUUAGGAUUCAUUCAGGGGAUUAUUUUAGCAGUCACGCUAACACGCGGAAAGCAAAAAAUCAACAGUUCAAUAUCUUUGACACUGUGAGUGAUUUUAUAAAUUCCUACUAUAAUAUAGAAAAUGGUCGAUAGGUCGCUACUUCUCGUGCUGGAUACGAUCCCAGUAUGAUAUGGUUUAUGAAGGACCUUGAACACUCAUUGGAAAAGAAUACGCAGGUUGUACCACAGACUCUACAAGUUGAUGUUUAGUUUAUCUUUCUAUUCUAGCCGGAUUUAGUUGAAAAGCUCAUCGUAGCUGACGCAUCCCCUAUAUCCACCAGUAAUGGAAUGAAACAAAUACCACAACUUCUAACAUUUUUGAAGAAACUAGAUAUUCCCGAAACCGUGGCAUUAAGCCAAGCUCGAAAAGAAGCUGCUGAAAAAUUAAUUGGUUUCAUGAAGGAUCCUAAUGCCGUUAUGUUUUUGGUCACGAAUCUAGUGCAGCCGAGUGAGGGAAG